CCUUGAUUUUAAAAAUGCAAACAUCGAGCAAUUAGGACCAUCUGCAUAGUAGGCGACCAGACCAACAAUCCUAAUCAACGUACAUUUGCCUCAUGGAGAGUGUCAAUUAUAUCAAUUCACAUCUUGGGCUCUCACUGGCUUAUUAUAUUGCGAAGAAUCUAAGAUGGAUAGAACGUAUACAGGCAAUAAGAGAGGAGGAUAAGAUAGAUGGAAUACAAAUAGGCAAUAAUAGAGGAGGAUUAUCUUGUACAUGAUCUUGAGAUCCUUCUCUUUCCCUAAAAAAAAAAUUUCUUGUGAUUUCCCUGUUAGGACCAAGGAAUGGCAGAAGCAGUUGUAUCAGGCGUUGUUCAAGUGAUUAUCGAAAAACUAGCCUCCCCAAUCCUAAAACAGUGUCAACUGUUGUGGGGUGUUCACGAGGAGAUGGGAAAUCUAAGAAGCAAGUUAUCAACUAUACAAGCUGUGCUUGAAGAUGCAGAGGAGAAGCAGGUAAAUAGCAAGGCGCUGCAGGAUUGGCUGGGAAAGCUGAAAUGUGUGGUUUAUGAUGCGGAAGAUAUAUUGGAUGACUUCACAACAGAAGUGGAAGCAGAACCAAAAGUGGAAGCUAAACGCAAAAAAGUGGAGAUUGGGGAUUGCAUUACGAAGGUACGCACCUUCUUUUCAGCAUCCAACCCACUGGUGUCCCGUUCAAAUAUGGCAGAUAAGAUAAAGGAGAUAGGGCGGAGAUUAGAUGGGAUUGCUGAAGAGAGGUCUAAAUUCCAUUUGAAAGAGAUAGAACGGGUGUUCGAGAUUCGAGGCCGAGAACCAACUGACUCGUUUGUAAUCGAGUCAGAUGUUUAUGGAAGGGAGGAAGAUAAAAAAAAGAUAAUGGAAUUACUGAUUAGUGAGGAUAACAGAGAGGACGUUACAGUCAUCCCCAUAGUUGGUAUGGGGGGCCUUGGGAAGACCACACUCGCUCAAUUAGCUUUCAAUGACGAGAGGGCAGCGAAGCAUUUCGAGCCAAGAAUGUGGGUUUGUGUGUCAGAUGAUUUCAGUGUGAGCAGGGUAACAAAAGAUCUCGUAGAGUCAGCAACCAAUAGCAAAUGUGAUCUCCCAAACAUGGAUCAACUGCAGCGUCGCCUCAGAGAACUGCUGAGUGGGAAGAAGUUUUUACUUGUGUUGGAUGAUGUGUGGGAUGAAAAUCCUAUGAACUGGGAUCGAUUGAAACAAUUUCUCAGAGGAACUAGCGGUAGUAAAAUCAUUGUAACUACCCGUAGUGAAAAAGUUGCUUUAAUCAUGGGCACUAUCCCUUCACACCAUUUGGCAGUAUUAUCAGAAGCUGAUUGUUGGUCUCUGUUCAAGCAACGAGCGUUUGUGCAUGGACGACAAGAACAUGCAAACCUCGUAAUGCAUGGAAAGGAAAUUGUAAAGAAGUGUGGUGGUGUCCCAUUGGCUGCAAAGACGCUCGGAAGCUUGAUGCGGCUUAAAACAGAUGAAAGAGAGUGGUUGCUUGUCAGACACAGUGAAAUUUGGAAUCUUCCUGACGAUGAAAAUCACAUUUUACCAGCUCUAAAGUUGAGUUAUUAUCAUCUUCCAUCACAUUUGAAGCAAUGCUUUGCCUACUGCUCAAUAUUUCCAAAAGAUUAUGAAAUUGAAAAGAAGAAACUGAUCCAACUUUGGAUAGCCGAAGGUUUCCUUCAAUCAUCAUCAGAUGGAAUUAAACAAAUGGAAGACAUUGGUGGAGAGUAUUUUAAUAAUCUGUUGUGGCGGUCCUUCUUUCAAGAUCUUCGGAAAGAUAAUGAUGGGAAUAUAGAAUGGUGCAAGAUGCAUGACCUCGUGCAUGAUCUUGCAAGCUCUGUUGCAGGGAAUGAAUGUUCGAUUCUGAAGGACAAGAAUGCAAUGAGUAUCUCUAAAAUGAGCCGGGCUCGUCGUUUGUCCUUGGAGUUUGAUUUUAGUAAUUUCCUCCUAACAGUCCAAAAUGACUUGAGGACAGCAAACCAUUUGCGAACACUGCUGCUCGGAAGAUGGAAUGUCAACAUGCCUGGAAGAGGGAAGAAUGUCAGCGUUCCUUGUGAACUUUUGGUACAUUUUAUGUGCUUGCGUGUGUUAGAUUUAAGCAAUACACAUGUCGCUAUGGAGUCGUUGGUUUCAAUUGGUGAGUUGAAACACUUGAGAUAUCUCGACCUGUCUUAUAAUGUAAUGCAAGCCCUUCCCGAAUCUAUCAGCACUCUUCACUACUUGCAAACCUUGAGACUCUUGGACUGUGAUUAUCUUGCAGAGUUACCCAUGGACAUGAGAAAAAUGACUAGCCUAAGACAUCUUGAAAUCGAUCGAUUUGGUAAAUUGACCCAUAUGCCAGCUAAUAUGGGAGAACUGAAGUUCCUUCAGACGUUGCCAAUAUUCAUCAUUGGCAAGGAUAGUGGAUGUGGUAUAAGAGAGCUGCAGGGCUUAAACCUUGGAGGAAACUUGAUUAUUCGAAACCUUGAGAAUGUGACGUGUCCAGCAGAUGCCCAGGUUGCCAACUUGAAGGAGAAGCCAAACCUUCAUACGUUACACUUUUCAUGGGGUCAGAAUAUUGAUCUUCAGUUGGAAGGAAUUGUUGAGCAAACACUUGAAGGUCUCCAACCGCAUCCAAAUCUCAAAAGGUUGAAGGUGGAAGGGUAUGUGGGCGUCAGAUUUCCGCAUUGGAUGAGUAAUUCGUUGCUUUGGAAUCUGAUUGAAAUCUCACUGAAUCAUUGCAGAAGAUGCGAACAGCUCCCAUCACUUGGCCACUUACCAUUCCUGGAGGUUCUUGCGAUACAAGGAAUGGAUGCUGUGAAAUCUAUUGGCAACCAUUUCUAUGGCGACAAUGAUGUCACAGAGGCAUUCCCAUCACUGAAACAACUCACCUUCCAAUAUAUGCCUAAUUUAGAGGAGUGGUCAGGAUUCAAUGGAAGAGAAGUAUUCCCCCGUCUCAAACAAUUACUUUUCGACAGAUGCCCGAAGCUCGAGUCUAUAACAGGAGAGCUUGGAAACCUUGCUGCUCUCGAGUCUCUGAAUAUUUGUAAUUGUGAUGAGCUGGUAUCUAUACCAGGGGAGCUUGGAAACCUUGCUGCUCUAGAGUUUCUGAAAAUUUCUGGGUGCGAUAAGCUGGUAUCUUUGCCAGAGGAGUUACAGAACCUCACCUCUCUCCGUCGGCUGCAGAUUAAUGACUGCAAUGGUCUAACAUCCUUGAGACUACAAGGCUUGAACUCUCUUCUAGUUCUUAUCAUUCAGCAUUGCAAAAGCCUAACGAGUUUGAUAAGGGGGCUGCAACACCCCACUGCCUUAAAAUACUUGAGGAUUAAUGAAUGUCCAGAGCUGGCUUCUUUACUAGAGGGUAUGCAACACCUCACGUCUCUUCAAGCAUUAAGCAUCAGCGGAUUUGAGAAGUUAACAUCUUUGCCGGAAUGGUUACAGCAUGCCAUAACACUGAAACAGCUCUACAUCAGUAAUUGGGAAAGUCUAACGGCUCUGCCAGAGUGGAUAGGAAACCUGUCAUUGCUUCAAGAAUUGAAGAUCGACAAUUGCGAAAAACUGGAGUGUUUGCCAUCGGCGAUAGGAAACCUGUCCUCGCUUCUAUAUUUGCAGAUUGGAGAUUGUUAUAAACUGGAGUGUUUGCCAUCCGGGCUGCAACUCCUAACAAACCUCCAACGUCUAAAAAUCAUGAGUUUGCCAAGUCUAACGGCUCUGCCAGAAAGGAUAGGAAACCUGUCCUCGCUUAAAGUUUUGUUGAUUAAGGAUUGUGAUAAAUUGGAGUGUUUGCCAUCCGGGUUGCAACUCCUAACAAACCUCCGGAAUCUAAAAAUCUGGAGAUUGCCAAGUCUAACGGCUCUGCCGGAGGGGAUUGGAAACCUGUCAUUGCUUCGACAAUUGACAAUCGGCAAUUGUGAUAAAUUGGAGUGUUUGCCAUCCGAGCUGCAACUCCUAAAAAAUCUCCGAGAGCUAACUAUAUAUGGAUGUCCCCAAUUAGAGAAGCGAUGCAAGAAGGAGAAAGGCGAGGAUUGGCACUACAUAGCACACAUCCCAAAUAUCCACAUUGAAUCCGAAUCCGAAUCCGAGUCCGAGUCUGAGUCCGAAUCCGAAUCCGAAUCAUAG